CACGCUACCGGUCAUCCAAAUGACUGCAUUCUUAGCCCACCGCUGCGAUUCCCAGAGGAAACUGAGACAUAAAGACAAUCUAACAGGUCUUGACUUGUCUUUUGACAGAAGAACCCCACAUGCAUGGUUAUAUUCCUUUACCCACCCACAGGCUGUCAUGCAAAAAUUACUAGGGUUGGGAAGAGCAAAAGCUGACUGCACCUUUUUGGAUUAAAAGAAGGUACCGUAAUCAUGAAACUUAACCGAGAUUGAAAAUGAUUUAGAACAAAGGAAAAGCUAUCAGCAAGACUUACCCUAACACUAGUUAUGUUUGAGCUCGUCUUGAUUUGUGGAUUAAUGAGGAUUUCAAGAUUCCAGUGUGUGCAUGAAAAAGAGUAUUUCUGCUCCUCCAUCCCAACUGAUUUUCCAGAAGGUCUGACCUCUGUUAUAUUUGUUGUAACGAAGAUUGGAGUCCUCAACUCAACGGUCUUCAACAGCCCAAGCUUGAAAUCUGUCACCAGUUUAGCGCUAGCAAACAGCGGCAUCACAAAAAUUGAACCUGGAGCCUUUUAUGCUUUCCAAAGCCUCACCAAACUGAGUUUAUAUCAAAAUAAUCUGACUACAACUAUGGCUUCUUGGCUUUCCAAGCCAGAGCGCUUAGAAAAUCUUACCCUGUCUCAGAACAUCAUUCAGGGAAUAGGGCCCUCUAUGCUGUCCCAUUUCUCUAACCUGACAACGCUUCAUUUGGCAAACAAUAGAAUUAAUAUGAUUGCAGUUGGCAGUUUAAAGCAUUUGUCUAAACUAACCUAUAUAGAUUUAUCUGGUAAUAACUUAUCUACCUUAACAAGAAAUGUGUUCAUUGGGUUGAGGCCUCCAAGAAUGAAAUUGGGUGACAAUCCGUGGAAUUGUUCCUGCGAACUUCAGGAUUUUGGAUUCUUUUUGCAAGAGCUGAUGAAUGCCUCUCUGCUGGAAGAUGCUUCAUCUGUGACAUGCCAAAGCCCGGCAGGCAUGAAAGGGGUUUCAGUUUGGAACAUAUCUGACUUUAAUUGCUCACCUGAGCUCCCAUCACCAUUCCUUACAAGCGUCUUCCAUAAAGUUGGAUUGCCUCUGGUGCUUAUGUGUUUAGCGUUCCUUUCCUUUCUUUUAUUGCUGCUUCUGCUCUGGGUGGUGAAACGAGAUAAAAAACAAGUGCAACCAGGCAGAGAAGCUACCGUUGAAGAUGGUGAUGGAGAGCAAAAAGGCCCCAUGAAUGCAAUGACCAAGAAAAUUAGGAACAACAGACUUUAUGAGGAAAAGGUACAGACAACAGAGAGUGACCAAACUCCACAAAGGAGAAUGCUCAAAGGUCGAGCAAAAUCUGCCUCAGCAGUUAUGUUGAGAAAGGAGUUUGAGCAGGGUACUUCUCAGCACUGGAGGCCAGUUGUUGGAAACGAGGAGCCGCUGAAACCCUCUUGCGUAGAAACACAUGAACAAACCUAUGUGGAAGGCAAAGACGACGCAGCAGAGCUCUGGUAUUUUAAUAGCUUGCCAGACUGGAAUAAAAGGGCCAUGCUCAGUCACGAGCCAAACAUUUCACCGACUAAUCUACAUCUAGAAACCUUGAGAGAGGAUAGUUCAGACCUGUUAAAGCCAUCACCGAGGGAGUGUGGAGUUUCAGAAGUGCCGCAGGAUGAUGAAAGUAAGGGAAAGGCUACUACAGAGACUUUUGAACCACUCUUGUAUUUAAGCGUUGCUAGAAGGACUGAAGAACCAGCCAGCCAUGCUGAACCAAAGGGCGAUGGUGUUACACAUGCAAAUACAGGCUCUUUUUCUUUGCGAAGAGUUUUUACGUGGCCAUACGAAAAUGGCAAAAUGGGCCAAAGUCAGAAGUUUUUUAAUACUUUGGAUUCCUUCAAGGCACAGUUCUGCCUCCCCACUAGUGACCCUGGCAUACCAGCACCAGUCAAGAAAACAGAAACCGAAGACGAGCAAAAGAGAUCGGACCUCCAUUUAAAGAUUGUCAAAGAACAGCAGACACUUGAUCUUUUCAGCACUGGUGCACCUAACUUAACAAGAGAGGUACAGCCAGUAAAAGCAUUAGUCCAUACUCCAAAGAAAAGAUCCAAGCAAGCAGCUGCAAUAGGAAAUGCAUUCAGCUCGCUGUCUAGAAAAGGGCUCGCAGCUCCUAAAAGCAUAAGAAAGAAGUGGAGCAACAAAAAGGGAUCUUCUCAGGCUGGAGCCUGCAAUGACCGUCUUACCUCUCCAGCCUCCUUAAACCCAGCUGACUGCACUGGCUCCCCUUGUGAUAAUACAUUCCUCACAAGUAACAAGUACAGCUUCAUUGAUCUGCUGCACGAAGUUGUGGAGAAUCGUGGACGAUGGACCAGGGAGAGGUGGCUGCAGACGCAUCGGGCGCAAAACGUUAGCCAGCCCCCAAUGAAACCAAAGUAAACUUGGGUCACACCUACUCCGCAAAGCUGCUGUUCCACGUGCUGUUUGGUGUCUCGCGAGUCAAGAUCAUUGCCCAAUUCAUGGGGAAAGGUGUUGCACUUGACAGCAGCAGUAGCCAACGUCCUCUUCAGAUGCGUGUCUACACUUCAGUCACAGCAGCUCUUCAAAAGGGUCAGAGAGCCGGACCUGAUCCUUAAGGCAUUUGGUGACCAAGGUUUGUCAGUCCAGCACAUUGUAUAGGCCAAAAUUUAAAUUGAUUUUCUAUUUGUGCCUGUAAAAAUUUAGACCAUAACUGUUAUCAUAUCCUUAUAGCUGUUAUCCACCCUAAAUAGCUUACUUGAUUGUUUCCUUAGGUGGAUGGACCUAGUGCCUUUACAUGAGUACAACCUAUUCCUGGUGAUAAUAUAAGGAUAAACGGAGGGCUAGUGUCAUUUUUAUAUGAACAGCGCAGUCUCCCUCAUAGGCUUUCAAGUUUUAUUUUAGGCUUCACACACUGUAUGUUCCAUUAAUAGCAGGUAUUAAUAUUAAUAAACUGUGUAGCUAGAAAUGUUUGUCCAGACUAAGCCAUAAUUGAUGGCUGCUGUUCUGUAAUACCAGAUCUAGUUCCCUGAUCUUUCGUGGCUUUUCUUGCAAGUGAAAAUGGGUCCUGCAUCCUGCAGACACCUGCUAAUUGUUUGCAAUCACACCCUGCAGAUGCCCGCUCGAUUUUUAUGUCUGUAUUUGUUGUGGUUCUGAUGGUAAACCAGAAGGAAUAUAUUCUCUCUGUGCUGAUAUUUGCUUAGAAAUGUUUUAAUGACUCCUAUUAUCUAAAAAGCACCCAGCUUUUUGUAGUGGAGUAGCAAUUUUGAUGUGGAUGUAUUUUCAUUGGAGAUGCUUGUUUAGCCUCUCAAGUUUCACUUGUUCACAGAAGUACACCAUAUGAUGAACUGGACGUAGGAUUCCUCUGCCCUACUUCAAAAUUUGCUUUAAUAAAAUUUUGAAGGCCAUAUUUUUGGAAUGUAUGUUUAAAAAAAAAAAAGAAAAGAACCGGUAUAGAUUCAAAAAUCAAAAUUCUCAAAAUUUGGAAGCAUUUUGUUGAACAGAAAGUCUAUUUGUAAUAAUAACCUUCUCCCUUCCCUCCCAUCCUCCCUCGUACACUAAUUUAUACUUGCCCAUGCUGGAUAUGGGUUCUGGUGAUUGCUUUUUCCCUUGGCAAGUAUCUUUAUGUGAUCUUGGGCCUGUGAAUAAAAUGUGGGCUGCCAUUA